AAUCAUAACCAGAAAUUGAAAUAUCGCUAAUGAGCCAUUCACCGCCGACGAAAAAAGAUUAUCUCUAACAGCAUUCAAAAAAUGCAGACGGAAAAAAACGACGGCAGCCGUCCGAUUAACCGGAGCUCCUCCGGCUAUAAUAAACAGACAGGGAUAUAUCACAGCCUUCGUCCUUAUCUUUCACUACCUCCUAUAGAUGAACCUCUCUCCACAACCGAGUUCGUGCUUUCUCUCCUCCUUAAAUCCUCACCACCAGCAACCGCCGGAAAAAACAUUGAAUCCUUAAGCUACCUAGUUAACUCAACCUCUGGUGAUAACCUCACUUACGGAAAGCUUCUUCGUGGAGUUCGUUCUCUCGCUGUAUCUCUCCGGGAACGAUUUCCUUCUCUUUCCUCUAGAGAUGUCGCUUUUAUACUCUCUCCGCCUUCGUUGCACGUGCCGGUGCUUUACUUGGCGUUAAUGUCGAUCGGUGUCGUGAUGUCACCGUCGAAUUCGAUUGGAUCUGAGUUGGAAGUGAGUCAUCAAGUCGAAGUCAGCAAGCCAGUGAUUGCGUUCGCGACAUCGGAGACGGUGGAGAAGCUUCGCUCUUCUUCUUCUUCGUUCCCUCUCGGAAUCGUUCUGAUGGACUCUCCUGAGUUUCUCUCCUGGUUAAACCGGUCGUCCGUUAACCCGAUUCAGGUUCGGGUCAACCAAUCGGAUCCUGCAGCGAUUCUUUUUUCGUCUGGAACAACCGGACGAGUCAAAGGCGUUAUGCUUACUCACCGUAACCUAAUCGCUUCGACCGCCGUGUCUCACCAACGAGCUCUCCAAGAUCCGGUUGAUUACGAUCGUGUUGGACUGUUCUCGCUUCCGCUCUUCCACGUGUUUGGGUUCAUGAUGAUGGUUCGAGCCAUCUCUCUUGGAGAGACAUUGGUGCUUCUAGGCAGAUUUGAGCUUGAGGCUAUGUUAAAGGCGGUGGAGAAGUAUAAGGUUACUGGUAUACCUGUAUCUCCGCCGUUGAUUGUAACGUUGGUCAAAUCAGAUCUAACGAACAAGUACGAUCUUCGGUCAUUGCGUUCCCUUGGCUGUGGUGGCGCUCCCCUUGGUAAAGACGUUGCAGAGAGGUUCAUCCAGAAAUUCCCAGACGUUGAAAUUGUACAGGGUUAUGGCUUGACAGAGAGCACGGGGCCAGUGGCAUCAACGUUUGGACCUGAAGAGACGAUCAAAUAUGGCUCUGUUGGUCGCAUCUCUGAGAAUUUAGAAGCUAAAAUUGUUGAUCCAUCUACCGGAGAAGCCUUGCCACCGGGAAAAAACGGUGAACUCUGGAUCCGAGGACCAAUCAUCAUGAAAGGUUAUGUGGGAAACGAGAAAGCGAGUGCGGAGACAGUAGAUGAAGAAGGGUGGUUAAAGACUGGCGAUCUCUGUUAUUUUGAUUCGGAAGGUUUUCUAUAUAUUGUUGAUAGGCUAAAGGAGCUAAUCAAAUACAAGGCUUAUCAGGUUCCACCAGUAGAGUUGGAGCAGAUUCUUCACUCGAAUCCAGAUGUGGUUGAUGCUGCAGUUGUUCCGUUCCCUGACGAGGAUGCAGGAGAGAUUCCAAUGGCUUUCAUAGUGAGAAAACCAGGAAGCAGUCUCAACGAGGCCCAAGUCGUUGAUUUCGUAGCUAAACAAGUUGCUCCGUACAAGAAGGUAAGACGAGUUGGUUUCAUUAACGCAAUCCCAAAAAAUCCUGCUGGCAAGAUUCUGCGUCGGGAGCUUACUAAAAUCGCUGUGGAGGGUAAUGCGUCUAAGCUUUGAGAUAACCGGACCGGUUCAAAUCUAAUUGUAUCGGUUCUUAGUGAAUUUGAGAACAACUUACCGAUUCAGACAAAAUUCUCUAUUGUAGUGUUUUUUUGCUCUCAUUUCGAGUUCUUCUCAAAUGAGAGUAGUAUAAACUAUAAAGUAUCUCAACAAUUUUUAGAUUAAAAAAAAAAAAAAAUCAAAAUAUUUUCCAUUU